UGUCUCCGCCCUUUCUCGCCGUUUCUCCCAAAGCAUUUGCUCCCUCGCUCAUUCUCAUUUGCUUCCUCAUUGGGCCUCUCUCUCUCUGUCUCUCUCGCUGAUCUAAUCCUAGCAAAAUCUGAACAAACCGUAGCUAGGAAGGUGCUUGAACGCAGGGAAAUCAGGUUCGUAGGUAGAGAGAUAAAAGAAAAGGUAUAGGACCAAUGGACUUUGGUGCAGAACACAAGCCAUACGAAGACGAGGACGCAGUCGCCGUUAACGGCGAAGUGCCCGUUCAGGAACAAACCCAACAACUGUCCUCAGACCGUGGAAUCGAACCCUUCGAUGUCGUAGAUAGUGCAGAAAAUGAGUUAAAGCAGUCUUUGGAUGACCGUGACUCGUCUUCAGGAAAACUCUUCGUUGGAGGUAUUUCUUGGGAGACGACUGAAGAGACAUUCUCUAAUUACUUCAGCAAGUAUGGCGAAAUCACGGAUUCUGUAAUAAUGAUGGAUAAGCAUUCUGGAAGGCCACGUGGGUUUGGCUUUGUGACAUUUGCUGAUCCAGCAGUUACUGAUAAGGUUUUGGCAGAUGACCAUUUUAUAGAUGGCAGAACAGUGGAAGUGAAGAGGACAGUCCCUAGGGAAGAUAUGCAGCAGGUUAAAGGGGUAUUAAAAACAAAGAAAAUUUUUAUUGGUGGAAUACCACCAUCUUUUAGUGAAGAUGAGUUGAAGGAGUACUUCUCUGCCUAUGGUAGCAUUGUUGAACACCAGAUUAUGCUUGAUCAUAAAACUGGACGGCCCAGGGGCUUUGGGUUCGUCACUUUUGAAGACGAAGAAUCUGUUGAGAAGAUAUUUUCUGAGGAUAGAAACCAUGAACUUGGAGGUAAACAAGUUGAAAUAAAAAGAGCUCAACCAAAAAGAGCUGGUGGUGAUUAUUUUGGCGUUGCUGCAAAGUCGCAUGGUGGCUUUGCCAGUGGGAGUGCCAGAUAUGGUGGUGGUUACAGUUCUGCAGGUGGUUAUGGUGGAAAGAUGGGGGGAGGUUAUGGUGGGUACGACAGCUAUGGAGGAUAUGGCAAUUAUGGAGGAUACGGUGGUGGUGGGGCUGCUGGUUUUUAUGGUGGUUUUGGUGGUUACGGUUAUGGAUUUGGGUUUGGUGGACCCAUGUAUAGCGGUGCUGGAUAUGGAGGUGCUGACUAUGGUUACGGCAGUGGCACCGGUUAUGGUGGUGGUAGAGGAUAUGCUGGCGGUAGCAGCGGUAGAGGAUACGGUGGUGGCGCUGGUGGUGGGUAUGGGAGUACGAAGGGGUAUGGGAGUGGCAAUGCUGCUUCAGGAACUGGAAGACAUCAUCCUUAUCGGAAUUAAGAAAAUUUAUUUUGUAGUAACCUGAUUAGAAUAUGAGUAUACCAACCGAAUAUAACAUUAUUGUGUGGAAGAUUUUGCCCUUCUAGAAGAUCAGAGCAGGGUUUUUUAUUUUUUAAAUUUUUUGGGUAGUAUGAUUUUGCUUUUAUAAACUUUUUUUUUUUUGUUUUGAAAAAAAUAGCUUUUUAGAAAACCACCUCUUGUAGCUGUGUGAUGGCUGAUGGGAAGGUGAUUGAUCAAGUUGUGAUGUAGACUGUAGCUUUGAAAUAGUUAAAAAGAGUAUUAGUAACCA